AUGGAGACGGUCACCGUCCGUAUGGCUAGAAGCGAUCGCGGCACCUCGUGGGGUUUCGGAGUCACCGAGGCGCCGAAUCGCGACGUUGUCAUCGUCAAUGUAGUUGGCGGUUCGUUGGCCGACCGUGCAGGUCUACGAAACGGCGAUAUUCUCGACCAGCUCGAGGGUCUGGGGAAUCUUGACAUCAACGCAGUCGAUCGCCUCCUGGUCACAUCACGCGAUAAGAUCGAACUAGUCGUGCACAGGUAUGCGAUGCUUGAAUCAGGGUACACAACGUCACCAUCAUCUGUGAACAUGGUGCAUAUAACAUCAGCGCCUAAACCAUGGAUCCCAGGCGCUCAAACACGAAUUUGGCGACCAGAAGUCUCAGAUCAGCGCGGUUACGGUACAUCUGUAGAGGAUCGCCCUUACCGAGUGUCAUUAGAGCAUAGCAACGAUUCUCGACCACCACAAGGUUUUAACGCAGCGGCUCUUCCGUUUAAUACCGAUCCACGAGUGAAACAUUUACAGUAUAACAGUCCAAUGGGGAUUUAUUCGAACGAAAGCGCUGCCGAACAAUACGUACAGCAAACUCAGGGGAUCAUCGACAAUGGAGUUCCCAAUAUCCCUCGACAAUCGAAUGAACCAGCCUAUCUUCGCAGUGAAACGCUACGUUAUUUGAAGGAAGAGGAGAACAGACCGAAAGGUAGCCUGUCCGAGCACCCAAAUCCGAAUGGACUUCCUGUAUGCUACAUUUGCAGCAGACCAAUUCUAGGAGUGAUGUGUCGCGCUGCUGGUCAUGACCUACACGGAGAUUGUCUAUCGUGCGCUACCUGUGGCAGUAGUCUACGUAACAUUGGACAUCAUUUUAUUGAAGACAAAUUCUACUGUGAAGUGCACGGACGGCAGAAGAAAGGUCUUGGACCGGCUAUGGACCCGAAUCUUGCAGCAAAGACCUCGCCAACAUCAGCACAGCCGAUACGUCCAGCUGACGGGGGCCGAUCCUUCUAUCAACCGGAAGUGUUAGCCAGACGUCCGCUGUCAGUGAGCCCAACACCCCAGCACACCGCACAUAUUCACUACGGUACUCCGAAGACUCAGGGUACACUAAGCCCAUCACUGCGUGGUGUCCCGUCUGCCGUAAACUACGAAGGCAGCCAUCAUAGCAGUAUUAUUACUAGCGGUACUGUAACUGCGCGACCGAUACACGUACAAUCACAGAUUUCCCCAAAUCCUCCACCAAUUCCGUCGAAUCCUCCACCCGAAUCACGUGUGCCAGCAUCGGUUCGUAGCGCGGUCUCACCACGGCGAUCCUUCAGGCAAUCAAAACAAUGGCCACCACCGAAAGGACUACCCACGCUUCGAUACUGGCAAAUUGAUCCUGCCUCACAAUCCAGAAAAGAGAAAGAACAUGAACCGACGUCAUUGCAUGAUAUGGUUGAAGCUACAGACAGAGAAAAAUCACCAAGACCUCAACGAAAAGCGAGAAAAAAGGAUCGUCCCAAUGGAACUGAAGCGACGCAGGCGCAAAUCGUUUAUGCAAAGAUUUUUCAAGGACAUGAAACAGUUGCUACAAACGUCAAAAAUGAUCGAGUGGAACUUGAAGAGGAAAUUUCUACAAAUAUUUCCUUGGAUGCAGUAGAAGAGAACAGCGGAGAAAUUCAAUACAAUACAGCUACAGCUGCUACAGUUAGUGCUGAAGCUAGUAUUCACUGCCUCGCCAUCGAGAAAUGUUCGCUGCCGGAACAAUCCGUGCAUCCAUCGGAAAUCCCAGAACUACAUCUAUCCGAACCUGAAUGGGAUAGCACCUCAAUACAGGCUGACGUUCUAUUGGAGCAUUUCGAGGGAACAACGUUGCUGCAUGUGCCAGAGACUACAGAUUCGAGCACAUCGCCUAUCCCAACAAUUGAACUGCCUAGAAGACGAGCCGGUGCUACGCAACAUUCAGGAAUUGUAAGGGCGCUAUCACCGACUCCAUUUAAAGCUCCACCUGUAAGGGAGAUUACUCCAGAACCUGUUGAGCAGAGCAUACAAAAGGUACAACCCCAACCUGUCACCCUUACACCGCAUCCAUCUGAGCAUCUUUCUCUUCUGGUUGGAAUUAAUACCACUCCUAGACCAUUCGUGCCACAGCAUUCUGCUUCAGAACCGACGAAAAAAUUCACCAAGACAAAACCCCUCAAGAAAGUCGAUUUUACGAAGGCUACUAUUAUUCCUGAAUCUUGGAAAAACACCACUGAAGUAGUGGAUGAAUCAGAUAUUACAACAGAACCACCGAUUUCCUCUAGCAGUCCCUUAAAUUCACCGCCAGUGGAAGGAGAAGGUGAUGAGAGUGCGUCGAACAACGUGAACGCCCCGUACGACGGUGACGUGUCGGAAGACAACAAAAGUGAGAACGGUUCGAUCGUUGGUUCAGAUGUAGCGGAGGAACGUGAGCGUUGGAUGCGAGAAGAGUUAGAACUAGCCAGAAAGGAGGAAUUGGUCGGAAUGGGAGGACCACCACUGCAACCAAAAAAGGCGGACCAUCACCAUGAGAAGGAAGAGUGGCGACAGCAGGCGAUGGCUCUUCUGACUGACGAUAGCCAGGCGGAGCGCGAUUAUGCCAUUGUGGCAGCGCUUAAUGAACGUCUGCAAGGGCUUCGUGAUAUGGAGGAGGCGGAUAGGCAGAAAGCGAUUGAAUGUAUUGAGAGACAUCAACGAAAUUUGGAGGAGCAACAGGAUCAGCUCAGUGUUUUGUUGGACAGUGCGAUAGCCUAUCUAAAAAAUUUGGACACAAGCCGAACAGCUCGAGAAGAGCAGAGUUUGCCAGAGCCCAGUAACGAAGCUAUGACCCCUCAAAAGGAGGAAACUACUUCAAAUGAGAUCAAAGUGGAUAGUCUGUCUGAUGUGCUUGAAGAGUUAGAAGCGAUCCCGGCUCGUUACCGAGGUCCUGCUGAUUUCAUAACCGAACACCUCACUCAUAUCGAUCAUGAAGGUCAAUCUUUUUCACGCUCCACUUUUGAACAACGUACCGAUAGACGCAUGAUGAGCGGCGGAGGCAGUCCAGUAGCUGAUGUCCCAGCGAAGCAGGGAAGUAUCAACAGUCUUGGAAGCCGUAUUCCAUAUUGUGAGUCAUGCAAACAGCAGAUAAAAGGUGCGUACGUACUAGCAGCAGGACUCGCUUGGUGCCCGGAACAUUUCGUAUGCGCAUAUCGUGGUUGUGGGCGACGCCUUCUUGAAUGUGGAUUUGUUGAGGAGAACGGCCUUAAGUAUUGCGAGAAUUGUUUUGAAGCAAAUAUUGCGCCACGUUGUGCAAAAUGCUCGAAACCUAUAAUUUCCGAUUGUCUGAAUGCAAUGCAAAAGAAAUGGCACCCAACAUGCUUCACAUGCGCUCAUUGCCAUAAACCUUUCGGUAAUACCGCAUUUUAUCUGGAAAAUGGCCUCGCGUACUGCGAACAGGACUGGAACCAGUUGUUCACGACAAAAUGUGUGGCUUGUAAGUAUCCGAUAGAGGCCGGCGAUAGGUGGGUGGAGGCUUUGGGCAACGCGUUCCAUUCGAACUGCUUCAAUUGCACGCGUUGUCAUUCGAAUUUGGAAGGUGAAAGCUUCUUUGCGAAAAAUGGCCAGCCUUACUGCAAGAUGCAUGCAUAA